AUGGAUGAUCUUACAACACGGGUGAACAACCUAGAAGAAAGAUUGGAUCAACGAAUCGAUGCCCUUCAUCAAGAUCUCACUAGAAGGUUUGAAGAACUUAUUAUAUUAGUGAGAUAUAAUCAAGGUGUUGGUGCUGGUGUUGGAGCUGGAUACCAGAGAAACAACAUCAACCAAGGAGGAAAUCGGAGACAACAACGGGGCCAACAACAAAUGGAAGAGGAAGAUGAUGCAGAGGAGCAUGACCAUUACCAACAACAAAGAAGAAGAGGUGGUGGAGAUAUGUACAAAAUUAAAGCAGAAAUUCCAACUUUCAACGGCAAUGCAAAUAUUGAAGGAUUUCUUGAUUGGAUCUAUGAGGUGGAGACAUUCUUUGAGAUAAUGAACAUCCCGCCGGAUCGAAGAGUACCAUUGGUGGCAUAUAAAUUGAAGGGAGGUGCUGGAGCUUGGUGGAAUCGUCAUCAAGAAGAGCUACGCUUGAAGGGUGAGAAUCGUGUAAGAGAUUGUGCACAAAUGAAAGCACUUUUAAAGGCCAGAUUCUUGCCAGCAGAUUAUGAACAACUAUUAUACCUUCAAUUCCAUAACUGUGUUCAAGGUAACCAAGCUGUUUCUGAAUAUACCGAGGAGUUCUUACGGCUACAAGUAAGGUGCAAUCUAUAUGAAAAUGAAGACCAACAAGUUGCAAGAUAUGUCAAUGGUCUCAAUGAUUCUAUUCAAGAACGCUUAGGCAUACAACAAAUUUGGUCUAUAGAUCAAGCUCAAACUCUUGCCUUGAAAGCUGAGAGAUUCAUAAAGACCAAGGUAUCUUAUAAAGCCAUGUCUUAUUCUCGUCCAGAAAACAUAUCAAGAAAUUUGCCACGCCGAGAGGAGGAAAAACCUACUCCAUUUAAAGGAAAGAAGACUGAUAAAGGGCCAUCUUCUAGCAAAACUUAUGAAAAGCAACCAUCUAACCCUAUCAAGUGUUAUAAAUGUCGUGAAGAAGGUCACAUAUCAAGUAACUGUCCCCGGAGGAAGUUUGUCAACACCACUCGUCGUGAUGAAAAUGAUGAAAGCGAUGAAGAUGUGGAUGAACCUGAAAACGAAGAAGCUGAACUAUGUGAAGAAGAUGGGGAAGAAAUAGUAUGUGUGGUCAAACGUCUUCUAUGCUCAACUAUACAACCUGAAGAGACGCAACGAAAGAAGAUAUUUGAAAGCAAAUGCACUGCAGUGAAUGGAAAGGUAUGCAAAUUUGUCAUUGAUAGUUGUAUCAGUGAGAAUUUAGUUUCUGAAAGAAUGGUCAAACACUUGAAUCUUGAGACUAGAGAUCACCCGAAUCCAUAUACUAUUGGUUGGCUCAAGAAAGGAGUGAAGAUCAAGAUCACCAAACAAUGUUGGUUACCACUUUCCUUGGGUAAGCAUUAUCGUUCAAAUGUUUUAUGUGAUGUGAUUGAUAUGGAUGCAUGUCAUGUUCUUCUUGGAAGACCUUGA